CACGGCAAGCGGUGAUCAUGGACGUCUUCCUCUCCGGUCCGCUCUCUGGGUUCUUUGGGUUUUCUGAAGUAUCCAUUCCAACCGGUUCUGUCACCCGAGACCUCACACGUCAUUUUAUAAAUGAGACGGGCAUUCCAUCUGAAGACUUCUACGUCAUCUGUAAUGGACGUCUGUCCCACCAAAACGACCCACUCCAAGAUGGAGCCAUCUACCGCUUGGAACCCCGGCUCUGUGGGGGAAAAGGAGGUUUUGGCUCCAUGCUCAGAGCUCUUGGUGCUCAGAUAGAGAAGACGACGAAUCGUGAGGCCUGCAGGGACCUGAGUGGGCGUCGCCUUCGAGAUGUCAAUCAUGAGAAAGAGAUGGCCGAGUGGCUGAAGAAACAGGCAGAGCGUGAAGCGGAGAAGGAGCAGAGGCGUCUGGAGAGGCUGCAGAGAAAGCUGGCUGAACCCAAACACCAUUUCACUGACGCCGACUACCAACAACAGUGUCACAACCUGUCAGAGCGCCUGGAGGACUCUGUCAUGAAAGGACUGCAGGCUUCCUCCAGCGAGCUGGUCAGCACAGAGGAGGGACCAAGUGGUAAAAGAGCCAAUCGGGAUAAAGAUCACCCAACGAGGAAGAGGAAGUGCUUAUGGACGGGUGGGGGUGACCUGGAUGACCUGGUAAGCUCAGACGAGGAGGAUGGGGAAGAGGAAGAUGAGGAUGACCCUGGCUGUGGGGCUUCAGGUCUUGUGAGCUCUGUGAGAAAGACGGCAGAAUCCCAGCCCUCUUCCUCCGACGUUGGAUCAGAACUGCAGCAGGAGACCAGGCUUGAAGCUAGCUGCAGACCUGCAGAACCAGAGAGCACACAACCAGACCAUCUUCCAGCUUCUGGUCCUGCUGCUGAAGACCUGAAGUCCAAGUCAAUUCCCUGUUCCACCCACAGUUCCCAGUCCAGCACCAGUGAGCACGUGCCAGUGCUUGGCCCGGUGGAUCUGGAGGCUCUGAAUUCGGCGGAGGAGCUCGAGGUCUUUGGGUUGGACGUCCUGAAGGCGGAACUCAUGUCCCGCGGUCUGAAGUGUGGAGGAACUCUGACUGAACGCGCGGUCCGCCUCUUCUCUGUUAAAGAUUUGAGUCCAGACCAGCUCGACCCGGCUCUCCUGGCCAAAACUGGCAAAGCCAAGAAGAAAUGAAACUUAAGCAUGCAGAAUGUGAGGUCUUCUGAUCCAGACCCAUAUUCUGAUGGAGCUCCAGGUAUGUUUGCCAGAAUAGUGAACAGGAAGUUUCUCCACAGUGGAUCAACAGAAUGACUUUUUUAAAGGAAACUACUUAGUUCAGGAAAAACACGGCAAAGUUCUAGAGUAACAGCUCUUCCAUGUUAUUCUUGUUUUGUUAAAGUGGUUUUGUUUUGAAGAAGUUUCCAUUGGUAAAUACAUGUACAUGUUUUUUGUGUAAAGAUGACUUCAUGGACUUUUGUACAAGUGAGGUCUUUUUCUUAACAGAUGACCCAGCAAAACCAGUAUCUAGGUACUGAUGUGAGGGGCAGUUUUA